AUGCCAAUUGAUCAAGAAAAACUAGCUAAGCUACAAAAGCUAUCUGCCAACAACAAGGUCGGUGGUACCAGAAGAAAGUUCACCAAGAAGGCCGGUUCUGGUUCUGGUUCCCAAAAAGAUGACACCAAGUUGCAAGCUCAAUUAGCUAAGCUACAUGCUGUCACUAUUGACAACGUCGCUGAAGCUAACUUCUUCAAGGAAGAUGGUAACGUUCUACACUUCAACAAGGUUGGUGUCCAAAAUGCCCCACAACACAAUACAUCCGUCUUCUACGGUCUACCACAAGAAAAGGGUCUACAAGAAUUAUUCCCAGGUAUUAUCUCUCAAAUGGGUCCAGAAUCUAUCCAAGCUCUAACCCAACUUGCUGCUCAAUUGCAACAACAACAAGCUGAAGGUGGUGCCGCUGGUGAAGAAGCCAAGGAUGAAGCUAUUCCAGAACUAGUUGAAAACCAAACAUUCGAUGCUGAUGUCGAAUAA